ACAAGCUACCCCUAAGCCUCAGGACACCAGCUGGAUCUGUUCCCAUAGGAGCUUCGGCACAGAGACUGGGUAACAUAGCUGCAGAUAUGGGCGAUGAUUCCCGACUUUGUCUCCUUGUGAUGCUCGGACUCUGGGCAAUUGUGGGCUCAUUCCGUGCCCCACCCCGAGGGUUAACCCGGGCUCAGUGGUUUAACAUCCAGCACGUGCAAAUGGCCCAUCCGAGAUGUGAUGAUGCAAUGCGGGUAGUUAACAGAUACCGACAUUCUUGCAAAAGGGAAAACUCAUUUCUCCACAUACCUUAUGAAAAUGUAACUAUAGUUUGUAGCUAUGAAAGUAUUACCUGUAUGAAUGGCUCACAGAACUGUCAUCAAAGUAGAGAGAGGGUGUCUUUAACCGAUUGUAAUCUCACAAGAUGGAAUCCAGACUACAAACGCUGCAGAUAUAGACAGUCAUCAGCACAGAAGUUCUAUGUUGUUGCCUGUAUGGAAAGAGAUCCACGGGACCCUCCUCAGUAUCCAGUGGUUCCAGUUCACUUGGAUGAUAUCAGAUAAGCUCUCAGAUCAGCUCUUUGUACUGCCCUUCAUUUGCAAAGUCCCUCAGUCACAGCCAUGCUGACAGCCCGCUACGCACACGGAUAUCAGCUCCCAUCCUCAUAGCCCCAAAUGCCAAACUCCUUUAAGCUUUGCUCAGUGACCUCCUUGUUCUCUCACAAU